AGUUAUCUGCCCUUGAUUUAAAAACCCAAUCCUGCUUCCUGUCAAGUUUCGGAAUCGGCAUGUCAACAGCGAUAGUUUAUGGACUGGACAACAACUUGAAGACUGCCCGACCAGUUAUGCCAUGUGGCUUCUCCCGACGCAAACCUCUCUGUCUGCUGUGUGGGAUCCUCUCCACAACAGUGGUCCUGUACAUCAUGAUCAACAUCAUCAGAGGCAACAGAAACAGAGUGACAGUAGACGUGUUUCAGACCGGCUUCUUUGAUUACAAUGGCACACAUGACUAUGACUACAUCUUUACAGCUCAGGAGACUUGCAGAAAGGGAAGAGGAAAUCAAUCAGUUUUCUUGACUGUGGUCGUCGAAACUGCACCUGUCAAGUUUGCAGAGAGGCAGGCAAUACGCGAAACCUGGGGAUCAUGGGUAAAACUGUAUCCAAAUAUCCGUUUGGUUUUCUUGUUGGGGCUCACGGACAAUGCAACACAAGCCAAACUUGGUGAGGAGAAUCUGAAGUUUAACGAUAUCGUCCAAGAAACUUUCAUCGACUCAUAUCAAAAUUUGUCGAUCAAGUCAGUCGCUGUUUUACGCUGGGUGUCCACAUACUGUCGAGAAGCCAAAUACGUUUUGAAAAGUGAUGAUGAUAUGUUUAUUCACAUUCCUAAUCUAAUAAACCUCCUUAUGAAAGAGAAGUAUGAACGGACCAUUCUGGGAUGUCUCGUGAAUGGUGCUGCACCUAUACAGGAUCCCAACUCGAAAUGGUAUACGCCAACGUCAGACUUUCCUAUGAGCACAUAUCCAGAUUAUACAAGUGGCACUGCCUAUGUGGUAUCUGGUGAUAUUGUAUACGAGUUGUAUCACAUGGCUUUGCACACCAAGAUGUUUUGGUUAGAGGAUAUAUAUAUUACGGGGAUAUGUGCAAAGCGAAUAAAGGCAAGACUUGUUAAUAGUGCUGGGUUCACUUUCUUCAAGCGGGAGGUAAACGGAUGUGCUUAUAAGUACGCUAUAUCAGGACACGACAACACAGUGGAGGACAUCGUCACAAUCUGGAGCGAUUUGCAGCAGAACAAGACUUGCUAGACCCCAUGUGUAUCUGUCAUCUCCUAGGGAUUCUGGAUUAGAAUAUAGGGCCCCAGCAACAAUGCUGGAGAGAGGCGACCAAAUGGAUCGGCUGGUGUCACUCGAUGACUUGGUUCAUUGCAUGUCAUUCUAUCAUAACAUUGUGAAAUGCUUGAUUCUGAUUGGUUAAAAAGAGGUUUCCUUUUUGUUAUGGAAAAUCCUUUU